AUGGAGUACCUGAAAAGCAACAGCAUCGUCAGCAGCAGCAGCAGCAGCAACAGCAGCAACAGCAGCAGCAGCAGCAACAACAGCGCCAACGGCACAGAUCUCGACUGUCUAAUAGCAUCAACACUGCACGACCUAGAAACCUUUUCCUUCCCCCCUUGCCAGCAGCAGCAGCAGCAGCAAAGACAUGAUGAGUCUCCACAUCUGCUGCAGCAGGAUCCGCUGCUGCAGCAGGUGAUGCUGGUGCAGCAGCAACAACUGCUGCAGCAGCAAGGGGGCGCACUGCAGCGGCACGAGAAGCCGCAGCAGCCAGGGCCAGCUGUCGAGGCAGCAAAAGAUUCAGCAGGUGUUUCAGCAGCAGCAGCAGCAACAGCAGCUGCUACUACAGCCCCUUCAACAGAUGAAAGGCUGGAGCCGCGAGCAGCUGCAGCAAUGGAUGCAGCAACAUAUCCCAAAAAGGGUGGAGCAGCGGCAGCAGCAGCAGCAGCAGCAGAGAAGCAGUGCGACUCUCUCAGCUUCUGUGUAAAGGAGCUGGAGCAGGAGCUGCUGCGGCAGUCUCCCCCUGUGCCGUCCUCGGCUGCUGCUGCUGCUGCUGCAAGCACCACCCCAGCAGCAGCAGCUGAAGCAACAGCAGCAAAGCCACAGGAUGGCACAAGCGGGCCCGUGGAUCUGCUGCAGACCCUUGCUGAUGUGCUGCGGGCAGUCGAGAAAGGGCCUCUCCUUGCUGCAGACGCUGCUGCUACUGCUGCUGCUGCUGAUGGUAGCGCUUCAGGUGCUGCUGCAAAGGCAGCAGAUGCAGCAGCAGCAACAGCAGCAACACCAGCAGCAGCAUGCCCCAAUGCUUUUGCUGCAGCUCUGGAAGCUCUGAAAGGCGAUGAUCUUUCCAUAAGCACAAUAGCUGACCCAGUGAAGGAGCUGCUGCAGGUGUACGAGCCUUGGUUGCAGCAGCAGCAGCAGCAGGAGCAGCAGCAGGGGAAGCAGCCUGCUGCAGGCCUAUCACCCGAGGAGCUGAAGACCUAUGAGAAGCAAGUGACCGUCUACAGGCGCAUUGUCUUCUUGUGUGACCAGCAGCAGCCGCAGCAGCAGCAGCAGCAGCAGAGGGAGUCGUCUGCAGCAGCAACAGCAGCCUCAUGGGGACAACUCCUGGAGAUUCAGCAGCUGCUGGAGGAGGCUUGCAACCUAGGGGACAUCCCGCCAGAAGUGCAGCAGCAGCUCAAUGCAGCAGAAGCCAGAGCAGCAGCAGCUGCUGCAGCUACUCCUGCUGCUGCUGCUGCUGCUGCUACUCCUGCUGCUGCACCAGCUGCUGCACCUGCUGCUGCCGCUGCACCUGCUGCUCUCUCGGCGGGCCCACCCACCCAGGAGCGGCCGAAGCCGCUGCAGCAGCCGCAGCAGCAGCAGCAAGCUGCGACGGCGAGCUCGACGCCAGUAGGAGGCGUGAACGCGAGCAGCAGCAGCAGCAAGGAGGGCAGCAGCAGCAGCUCGCUGGGAGAAGAGCUGUCGGACUUCUUCGGAUUUGUGGGGGCGCUGCAAUCUGCUGCUGCAGCAGAAGGCAUUGACCUGUUGGACCCCGGGCUGCUGCAGCAAGUGCUGAAGGGGGAAGAAGGUGACCCGCGCAUAACGAGGUUGCUGGACAGCGUGGAGCAGCAGCAGCAGCAGCAGCAGCAAAGGCAGCCGCAGCAAAGGCAGCAGCAGCAGCAGAGGCAGCACCACCAAAAGGAACCAAUGCCUGUCAAAGAAGCAGAACAAAGGUGUCGGCAGCAGUAG